CCACAUCCCUCUCGUCGUCGCCGUCGUCCACGAUGCUCACUUCCCGCGGCGUCACUCGUCUGUCCCGCAGGGCGGUCAACAGCGCUCAGAGAAACGCCGCGUUAUUCUCGUCCGCUGCGGCCCCCUUGCUCGCCAAGGCCUCCACCGUCCCUAAACCCGCCAAGUCGCAGCGCGCAAAUGUUCGUUCUGCACGGGCUGCGCCCCAGGCUGCUCGCUCGUACGCGACGGAAGCGAAGGCCGCUAUUGGUCACGUCAAGACUGUCAUCGGUGCCGUCGUCGACGUUCAGUUCGAUACCGAUAACCUCCCCCCCAUCUUGAACGCCCUCCACGUCGAGGAUUUCAAUGGCGGCCGCCUCGUACUCGAGGUUGCCGCUCACUUGGGUGAAAACUCGGUUCGCACCAUCGCCAUGGACGGUACCGAGGGUCUCGUUCGUGGUCAGAAGGUCGUCGACACGGGCGCUCCUAUCAUGGUCCCUGUCGGCAAGCCCACUCUCGGCCGUAUCAUGAACGUCAUCGGCGAGCCCAUUGACGAGCGGGGGCCCAUCAAGGGUGUCAAGCUUUCUCCCAUCCACGCGGACCCGCCUGCCUUCGUUGAGCAGUCGACCACCGCUGAGGUGCUCGAAACCGGCAUCAAGGUCGUUGACCUCCUCGCUCCCUACGCACGUGGUGGAAAGAUUGGUCUCUUCGGAGGUGCUGGUGUCGGCAAGACGGUGCUCAUCCAGGAGCUCAUCAACAACGUCGCGAAGGCGCACGGUGGUUUCUCCAUCUUCUGCGGUGUCGGUGAGCGUACGCGUGAGGGUAACGAUCUUUACCAUGAAAUGAUCGAAACCGGUGUCAUCAACCUUGAGGGUGACUCCAAGGUCGCUCUUGUCUUCGGUCAAAUGAAUGAGCCCCCGGGUGCCCGUGCCCGUGUUGCUCUCACCGGUCUCACCAUUGCGGAGUACUUCCGUGACGAGGAGGGCCAGGAUGUGUUGCUCUUCAUCGACAACAUCUUCCGUUUCACUCAAGCCGGUUCGGAGGUGUCCGCUUUGCUUGGUCGUAUCCCGUCCGCCGUCGGUUACCAGCCUACUCUGUCCACGGACAUGGGUGGCAUGCAAGAGCGUAUCACCACCACCAAGAAGGGCUCCAUCACCUCGGUGCAGGCUGUCUACGUGCCCGCUGAUGAUUUGACGGAUCCGGCUCCGGCUACCACCUUCGCUCACUUGGAUGCGACGACCGUGUUGUCUCGUCAGAUUGCUGAACUGGGUAUUUACCCUGCCGUCGACCCUCUCGACUCCAAGUCUCGCAUGCUCGACCCCCGUAUCGUCGGCAAGGAGCACUACGAGGUUGCGACCGCCGUCCAGAAGAUCCUCCAGGACUAUAAGUCGCUCCAGGAUAUCAUUGCUAUCCUUGGUAUGGACGAGUUGUCUGAGGAGGACAAACUCACGGUCGAGCGUGCGCGUAAGAUUCAGCGUUUCAUGUCGCAACCCUUCCAGGUCGCGCAGGUCUUCACCGGCUUUGAGGGCAAGCUCGUUCCCCUCAAGGACACCAUUCGGUCCUUCAAGGAGAUCCUCGCUGGCACCCACGACUCUCUGCCUGAGUCCGCCUUCUACAUGGUCGGCACCAUCGACGAUGUCAAGACAAAGGCGGAGCAGCUUGCGAAGGAGAUGGGUGGCUCGUAAUCUUAUUUACUCGUGGACGACUGGGUGCCUAUAUGUAGAUCGUUGUCAGGACCUGGCAUAAAAAAUCGUUAUUUGCUUCCAAGAACGGC